AUGGCGAGGAUCUGCUCAGUGAGGAAUUUGAAAGCUUCCGAGAAAACCGUAAGUUUCAACCUUAAGAAGCUAAAGGAAGUACAGACUCAUUAUAUCUAUGCUGAAAUAUUAGACACAAAAUUAUGCCUGGGAGGCUAUGAUACUGGCCAGGACAUUGAAAAGUUCUGGUCGGACUGUUGUAAAGCGAUAAUGGAAGUGGCUGAAGAAGUGCUAGGAUCAUACGAGAAAGAACCAAGGUCAUCCUGGUUUGAGGAAUGA